AUUAAUACAGUUCAGACACAUCAGAGCAUCCAGACUGACUGACAUCAAGAUUUUCAUCAGAUCCCCUGAGCAGAACUCUGAUGAUGACGAUGAAGCUGGUUUCAGUCUUCCUCCUCCUCCUGGCUCCAGUGUUGACCUGCUGCUUACCUCUCGUCCUCCCGCUGGACUGCAGUGACAUCCAUAACAAUGACAACAGCCAACUCAGUGGAGUGUACACCAUCUAUCCCAUCGGAGCCACGUCUGCUGUCCAGGUGUACUGUGACAUGGACUCAGAUGGAGGAGGAUGGACGGUGUUCCAGAGGAGGAUGGACGGCUCGGUGAACUUCUACAGGCCCUGGGAUCACUACAAGAAGGGCUUUGGUAGCGCUGCUGGAGAGUACUGGCUGGGCCUGGAGAGUCUCUUCCAUCUGACUCUCAGGAAAAAGUUUGAGCUGCUGGUCGACAUGGAGGACUUCAGUGGGAACAAAGCGUUUGCUCGUUACUCCUCGUUCUCCAUCGACCCAGAGUCCCACGGAUACAGACUGCAUGUGUCUGGAUUCACUAAUGGAGGAGCAGGAGACUCCCUGAGCUUUCACAACGGAGAGAAGUUCUCCACCUUCGACAAAGACCAGGACUCCUACAGUGGUAACUGUGCCAGAAAAUACCUGGCAGCAUUCUGGUACAACGAAUGUCACCGUACAAACCCCAACGGGGUUUAUCGCUGGGGGGCAGAUGGCACCAUCUAUGGUGUAGGAGUGGAGUGGACCGUCUGGAAGGGUUAUGACUACUCCCUGAAGACCAUCAACAUGAAGAUUCGUCCUGUGCAGUAAUUCUCCAGAACGAACAAACAGAAUAUCUGUUGAUCUCUUUCUUUCUUUCUCUCUGAUCUAAUCUGUAACCUCACAUAUAAGUCAAAUAAAUAUUUCCAGCAUGAAUAAAA